CCGCCUUGAGCGCCAUCUGCAGUUGGUGUUCGAUAGACUUUCAUAACAGUACCAAUAUAUAAAUCAUUUUACUGCUCUGUAGCAUACAAUUUUAACGGCAAAAUUUAAAGUAACUAAUAUUGUGUUAACAUUAUUUGUAUCCUUCGAUAAUAUCCCUUCAUACUAUUGGAAAUUGGGCUUAGUUUAAAUUAUACACGAAAAGUUUCUACUAGAAUUCAUUUUUUAAAGAAAUUGUUAUCAGUAUUGACCACCUGAACUUUGGAAAUCUUAAAUUAUCUUCUUGAAGUACUAAACAAUUAAAAGAAAGUCUUAACGCUUAUCCCAAAAUCACUCUGUGAUUAAGUUAUGACAGAACUGAUAUCGGUUCCAUUAAAAAAACCAUCUGAUGUAGACAUCAUUAAACCAUUGCAAAAUGUUAUUAACUCAACGUGUCCUACUACCAGUAAUCACAAAGAUUACUCUGAUAGUAUAGCAGAGUUCAGUAAGCUACGCAAAAAUGCAUUGUGGAGAGCAUUUGAAAAAUAUGAAAGCUCAUUAGAUGUUCUUUACAGGUACUUCGACCAAAUCUGUGUUUUAGAAGGAAAAAUUUGUUCGAAUGAGCUGCAAGUUCCUUUCAAAUGGAAAGACGCUUUUGAUCGUACGAUUUUUGGAGGAAAACUUAGUCUAACAAUAAGUUCAUUAGCAUAUGAAAAGGCUUGUGUUUUAUUUAAUAUUGGAGCCCUACAAAGUUCAGUAGCAGCUACACAGUCUCUUGAAAGUGACGAAGGAUUAAAGUCAGCAGCAAAAUUGUUUCAGCAAUCAGCAGGGAUAUUCAACUAUUUAAAAUCAAACAUAAUGUUAUUUAUACAACAAGAACCUACACCAGACAUGAGUCCAGAAACUUUAGAAGCUCUUUCUCAACUUAUGUUAGCCCAAGCUCAAGAAAUAUUCACCUACAAAGCUGUUCAUGAUAACAUGAAAGAUGUUAUCGUUGCUAAAUUAGCUGCUCAGACAGAAGAACUUUUUACUGAUACUUUAAAAUUAUUCCAAAAAGAAAUUUUUAGAGCUUUUUGGGAUAAAGAAUGGAUUCCGUUAAUAUCUAGUAAGCAGUUGGCCUAUCGUGGAAUAUCUGAAUACUUUCAAUCAUUAGUAUGUAAAAAUAACAAAUGCAUUGGUGAAGAAAUAGCUAGACUAGAGGAUGCCGUUGAAAUGUUUAAACUUGCUCAGACGAAAUCAAAUAGAUUGACAUUUUAUCAGGAGUACCAUGAAAAAUCUAUGCGUAAUUUAGUUGAAGCUAAGAAAGAUAACGAUUUUAUAUACCACGAAAAAAUUCCAGAAAUAACAACCUUACCGAAUAUAAGUAAAGCUACUGUGGCCAAGCUUACACCUUUACCUGAAAAAUUUAGCUCCAACUUUCAAGAUUUGUUCAUCGAUUUGCUUCCAAUUGCAGUUCAUCGUGCCACCUUACAUUUUGAGUCACAGAAAAGUGAACUUGUUAAUUCUGAAAUUGCUAAACUACGGAACCUGAGACAAAUUUUAAAUGGAACUCUUGCUAGCCUAAACUUACCAGCGGCCAUCGAAGAUGUCAGUGGAACAGAAGUUCCUCACUCUCUUAUAGAAAAGGCUGUUUUUGUCAAUCAAGCUGGUGGUAUAAUAAAUCUCGAGAAAACAAUGAAUGAACUUCCCGAGCUCUUACAAAGAAACAAAGAUAUUUUGGAUGAGGCUGAAAGAAUUUUAAUGGACGAAAAAACUGCAGACGAUAAUUUACGUUCCCAGUUUCAAGAACGAUGGAAGAGAGUUUCAAGUGAAAAACUUACAGAGCAGUUUAAAAUUAAUAUUAAAAAAUAUCAAGGAAUCAUUACAAAUGCAAUAAAUGCAGAUAAGGUUGUUAGAGAGAAAUUCGAAGCUCAUCGGGAAGCUGUUCAUUUACUUAGUAUUGAACCAAAAGAACUUGUUCAGAUUAUACCAAUUGGAUCCGCUGUUCAGGAAAGCGAAACCGUUAUGGAAUUACGUAAGCUCAUGAAUGAGGUUGAUGUAUUAAAGAAAGAGCAAGAUAUUAUUGAACAAGAAUUACAGUUUGUUUCAAUGGACAUACCCGCAAAAUUUUUAUCUGCUUUUACCAGAGAUGGGAUUGUCAACGAAAAAGCUUUGAUUUCAGAAGUUCUCAAUUUAUAUUUUAUUCCUCUACAAAAAAGAAUUGAAGAUUGUACUUUUAAACAAGAAAAACUUACAGAAUUGAUCCAGGUGAAGCAUGCAGAUUUUUCAAAAGAGCAAAAAAAUUGUGGCAGUGCUCGUGAACAAAUGCUGUGUAAAUUAGCUGCAGCUUACAACGCAUUCAAAGAAAUAAGAAACAACUUACAAGAAGGUGUCAAAUUUUAUAAUGACUUAACACAGCUACUCAUCAUUUUUCAAAAUAAAGUAUCUGAUUUUUGUUUCGCUCGAAAAACAGAAAAAGAGGAGUUAUUGAAAGAUCUGACUAACAGCUUUAGUCAACAAAUGAAUUUGAACACGAUAAAUAUUCCAUCCCAUUAUUCAGAUGUUCAACCUCAACAAGGAAACUCACAGAUACCAAUGCAUUUACCUUAUCCUCUUCAAAAUCAAGGAACUAUGCCUUUACCGUUCGGCUCGGCACAGUUAGCAUCAUACCCCCAUUUUGUAACAACUCCUUUGCCUUCAACUUUCAAUCCAUAUGCAACAAUACAGUAUCCAAGUCAAGGAGGACAUAUAGAUCAGCAAUUUCAGCCAAUGCCUUAUAAUCAAAUCUCUACCUUCCCUCGACAUGGACAUAAUACGGAUCAAAGGAAUUUUCAAAACUGAUCGAAAAAAAUUUGUUGUCAACAAUAAUUUUUAUAUCCACACUGUGUAUUUUUUAUAAAUGUUAAAAAAAA